CCCCUGGUCCCUGUGUGUCCACUGAGGAUGAAGCAGCGGGAGGGGCAGGUGAAGCGCAGAGUGUGCGCCGUGGCCCUGACGGACUCCGCCCACAACAUCUGGCUGCAGGACUCCAGCAAGAGCAUGCAGGACUGGAUGCAGGAGCGCUGCCGUAACUGGGUGUCCAGCCCUCUGCCCCUGGACGCCCCCGUGGACGCCAUGCUGCCCGACUGCCCGCGCUUCUCUGCAGGCACAGAGAGGCAUGAGCUGACCUCCUGGACCAGCUUCGACUCCAUCUUCAGGUUCUUCGGCGAGAUGCUGCAGGCGCAGGAGGAGGAGGAGGAGCAGGAGGAGAAGGAGGUGGAGGAGGAGAGCUCCAACAUCGUCACCACGCGCAGCAGCUCCCUGAAGAACAGACACCAGGACCUCUGAAGAGCUCCACCCCCAGCCAAUAACGGCCCGCUAUUAUUAGUGUGUAGCGUUGAACCUGUGUGUGUGUGUGUGUGUGUGUGUGCGUUUGUGUGUGCCUGUUCAUGCUUGCUUGCGCGUGUAUUGGGAUGGAAGUUGACGAGGGUAAAGAGUAUUUUUUCUUUCAUUAUCCCCAACCCCCCUUUUGUUCGCUACUCAUCUCCUUCUUUCUCCUUCCCUCCCUCUCUCUCUCCCUCCCUCUCUCUCCCACUAUCCCUCCCUCUCUUAACACAGAGGGUUGUUGUCGGGGGGGGGGGGGGGGGAGACAGGCAGAGCUCCGGGUCACUGUGUAUACAUCCCAAUACCGUUUUGCAUUACUUCUAGAUGAGUGCAACUGUCAAAGCAAUACGGGCCCAGAGAGCUGGCUCUUCCCCUGGGCCGCGGCCUGGCUGCGGCUACGGGCCGCGGCGGCGGAGAUUCAUUCUGACAGGCGCUGUGCUCGGUGCACUGUGGUGCACCUCUAAUUGUCCUGACAUCGGCCUGAACUGAGCUAAUGCACAGUCAGUCCAACAGUCCACACUGCCCUGCUCGUGCUUGCUCUCUCUCUCUCUCUCUCUCUCUCUCUCUCUCUCUCUCUCUCUCUCUCUCUCUCUCUCUCUCUCUCUCUCUCUCUCUCUCUCUCUCUCUCUCUCUCUCUCUCUCUCUCUCUCUCUCCUACUCCUACUCCUACUCCUACUCUCUCUCCUUCUCUCUCUCUCUCUCUCUCUCUUACUCCUACUCCUCUCUCUCUUACUCCUACUCCUCUCUCUCUACCUCUCCCCAGGGUCCUAAAGCCUUGAGUGUUUCCUCGUCUUAAUCAGCCAGUGCUGUAGCUUAUCUCAGCUCUAGUAAUAUAAUAAAUAACCAGCCGGCCCGUCUCUCAGCGUCCUGCUGUAAGCACCUGCCCACCGUCUUAAAGGAAGAGGCGUAGACGCACUCUAAUAAGCACUUCUGUGUGAGGGGGGCUUUGUGUUCUUUACACACUUCUUCGCUCCACGUGGGGACGAACUUUGUAACCUCAUUUUGCGGUCAUUGCAACAGCAAGGCGUGCAUGCGGCGCUGGUUAGAGCGGGGAUAUUGCACAAUGUGCAGGUUCUCUACUUUUUUUUUAGGUAUAAAUAUAUGUAGGCCGCCAUCCCCUCCAUAUGUUUUUCAGCCACACUCAAAAGCUCCAUAUUUUAUGCAGGCUAUUUUUCCAUAAUAGGUUGUUUCUUCAUACAAAGAAAAGUAUAGCUUUAAUAAACGAAACUAAAAACUGUUUAUUUUUGAAUAUCCGUUUCACGUGUUUAUUUCAAAAACUGUCUAGGUUCUUGUAUCUUGUACGUUUUUUUUUAUUUAGUUGGCUUAUUGUAGUUUAUCUUUUGUUUUGUUUUUUUCUUUUUUUCUCACUUGAUAUCCAUGAAAUGGAUGUCUUCGGGUGAUUGAAUAUGAUGAAACAAAUAUAGCAAACACAACCUGUGUCGAAUAUGAAGAAUUCGGGACACUGAGCAGAUUUAAAAUCACUUAGAGUCACAUAUCAAAAUGAGUUUCAAGGAUAUUUCAUCCCACAACAUUCAUAAAGCCUCAAUAUAUUGCCUUACACAUGUCAGGAAAUCCAUGGUUUUCAAUAUUAUCCUCAGCCUGAAUGAUAUCUCCUCAGAUGUUGCAGGGAAAUGUAAGACUCCUCAUUCUGGAGAACUCGUCUUUGGUAUGUUCUGAAAAGUGUCAAAAAUCAACCCUUCGCUCACCUCCACAUAAUCUCCAUCGGUGACACAAGCAUGAUGAUAAAAAAAUAAUAAAUUCCACAAAGCCGGGCUAUGUUAUGAACCACUCAAGGCUUAAUGGCACACAUCUCUAAUGUCCCAUGGCAUUAGAUAGAACUUAAACUGCAUCGAAGCCUCAAAUGCCUUAAAAAAACAACGAUUUGACAUUAUCUUUAUUUUCUUACUCGUUUUGACUCCUAGAAUACGUUGCCCCAAACCCUCAUAUCCCCUCUUUUAAGACUGUUGCCAUAAUUUUCCUUUCCUUUAUCGAUUGUCUACUGCCAGCCGUGUGUGGUGUAAGGAUUUAGGGGAUUAUCUCCCCACCUUUAAUGAGACAACGGGGGCUGAUGGUUGCAGACCUAAUUUCCUUUUAAUUUGAUUCACAUCUCUACAGGUUCCAGCAAAGAAGUUGCUGCAUUAUUUGAAUUGAUGGGUUUCAUUUCAGAAUGAGCAAGCACUGUUUAUCUCUCUGCCGUUCAAAUUUCAUUUGCCUGAUGAGGAGAAAAAAAAAGAGGUAAUUUUUCAUAUUUGUUGUUGUUGUAGUUUUUCGUAAUAAACAUUCUGUUCUCUGGAAUUUCAAAAAAAUCUCAUAAUUCAUAUUAGAAUGGACAAAGCCUGCCUUGAGCAUGUUGAAAAGUUCAGUCCUCAACGCAUAAGGGUCGUAGAAGUUCAAUGUAAAUACUGAUUAUGUUAAUUUUCCGAUGAUGUUUAUGUUGUGGCAUAAAUUAAGUUCUCAUUUGUAUACAUUUCUUCCGUUUGGAUUGAGUGAAACCACUCAUAACGUUUGGUUUAUGCAAUUACUUCUUACAAUUUAUUUUUGGAUCUAAUAAAAAUGACUUGUGGGAACAAAAAAAAAAGAAUAACAAUAUUAAUAAUAAUAGCAUCUUGGCUUUUGCAUUAAGUGAUUUAUCUCCACUUGGACGAACAAAGUGUGUCUUUGUUAUUAUUAAAGUUAUUAAAAUAAGAAAAUCUUUGUAAGCUUAAGUUAUUUUACCAAUUCGAUUUUUUGGGGGUUAUUUAAUGAAUGUACAAAGAUGUAUGCUGAAUCCUAAAACACUCCAUUUUCUGAA